AUGUCUCUCUUCGGCUCGCCGACUCCGCGCGCGGACGCGAUGGAGAGCAACGAGGAGCGCUCCGCGUCGCGCUCGUUCUCGCGUGCUUCGGCGUCCUCAUCGGAUACGUUGGAUGACGAUGAUAUUUCGGAGGCCGGGCGGCGGCGAACUGGCUCCGCGCAUGCAGAUGGCGAAAGCGACGCAGAGGGCGCAUCCCGCAAUGAAAAGGAGGAGGCGGAGAAGUUCCUCUGGGGCGCCUCAGAGGGAGAGGUAGAGGACGAAGAGGAGAACGAUUUGCUGGACGCCGAAGACUACAUCCAGGGCUCGGCGUCCUCAGCCGCGAACCGCACGACUUCGAGCGCGCCCGCGGGGGCCGCGGACGACGGCGAGGCGGAGACCUACGACGAGGAAGUCCCUUACGCGCCGCGCGUGCUGCUAAAGGACUCCGAGGCGCGCAGCCGGAAGGAAAAACUUCUCCUCGCCGCGUUCAACUCCCUCACUCACACCGAAGUCGUCCACGCGCACGCAGCCUCCGCCGACACCGCCCCCAGCGCGAACCCCUUCACCGCGCCAGCGGAGGGUGUACCUACACCUGCGGCCACGGCGGCGCCGAGUGGCAGCGAGGGCGCGUCCAGCGACGGUCUAUCGCGUCGUCCGAGCAACCGCGCGCGGCUGCUGAGUCAACCCGCGUCUGCGCCGCCGCUGCGUCUGUCGAGCUCUUCUUCGGCGCGGCAUUCCUGGGGUUCGCAGCGCUCCGCCGUGGAUAAGCCUGCACUCGCCCAAGGGGCGCGAGGCGGCUCGUUGGCGUUCGCCGCCGCCGGGCCCCCGCCGGCGCCCACUGCUGGCGCGAGCUAUGCGCGGCGGCCUGGCGCCUCGAGCGCGGCCGCCGCGCCGAGCGCAACUGGCACCUUGGCUCCCAAGAUGGUGAAGGUGAUGAAGGAGAUCUUCGGGACGCGCAAGCCGGUCGGGCGCUUCGGGGCGUACGCACAGAAGAGCGGCGGGAAGCAGGCUGCUGCGGCGACGCCAGCGGCGGCGCAGGCCGCCCAGGCGCAGCCGAACGGCGACGCGAAGCAGGCCGGCGACGCGGCUGGCCCCCUUGCGUCCUCCGCGGGGGGCCGCGGCGCCGGCUCGCAGGUUUCUGUGACGGUCACAGACGAGGCGCUGAGGCAGUUGAAGGACAUCAACUUGCUGUUGAAGCGCGAAGGCUGCUCUACCAGCUUGCGACGCCCGCGUGCGCAGGAGCUCUACGACUUCGAAGACGGUCAUAUGCUCUACCAGCACCCGCGAUUCUGUGCGACGGCAAUCUUCAGGGAGAAUCUCGUCGCGCGGCGCCUGGCGCCGCUCUGGGCGGCCAUCGCCGCGCGCUACGACGCCGUGGAGGGAUCGGACGACGCCCAGCAGAUUGCGCACCAGCAGCACCUGCUGGUGCAGCUGCUCCGCUGCCUCACCUUCCUCGCUGGCCCUCCGCCGCUCGACUGGAUUCAGUACUGGACAAAGUUUGCGCCGUGGCUGGACGAGUUGAAGCGCGUCGACGAGACGCGGAAGAAGGAGAAGAAGCGCUACGAGGAGCUCCGCGCGCGGCGCCGGCGCCUGGGCCUUGAGCAGCCUGAGGCCGAAAAACUCGCAGAGAAGGCCUUCUACGACGACGAGACGCUGUACCAAGACGAACAAGUCAAGCAGGAGCGCCGCCAACGCAGCCGCAUCAUCAUGAAGUACUACCGAGGCAUGCAGGACGCGAAGAAGGCGCUCUGCUGCGCCAGUCUGUGGCAGCUGCUCUCCUCGGUCUUCAUGGAUAAGCAGGAUUUUCUGGAUCGAGGCGGGAGGACUGCGGAGCAGCAGAGGCGUCUCGACGCCUUCGUGGAGGAGCGCGAGGCGCUCUACAGGCGCGAGCGCGAGCUCAAGGCGCGCCUCAAGGAGCUGCAGGAUCAGGAGGUCCAGGCGCAGGGCGACGACCAAGAGAGUCUCCUCACGCACCGCCUCAGGCGCGCGUCGGGGGGCUCGAGGGCGGCGCUGGCGGAGGAGGCGCGCGAGACGAUGAGCGAGUUGGAGGACGUUCGCGAGCGGAUUUUCCAAGUCACCGAGACGCUGCACGACUUGAAUCGCUCCAACCGCGAGGACCUCGAGAAGGCCGAGACGCUUCUUCAGAAUCUGCGAAUCCUCGUCUGCGCGGUGCUGCUCAUUCCGCCGUCGCUGCCAAAUUCUCUCGCAGUGACGCCUGGCACACAGCUCUCCCUCGUCGCCGCCAUGCUUCAGCAGAAGAGGGAUAAGGCGCUUUCCUCGUCUCUGCAUCCCCUCGGCGGCGUCAGUCUGCUCCACCUCCUGCUGCGCGACACGCAGUCCGACCUCUUCGCCAAGAUGCAAAAGGCCUUCUCGCUCGUCGAGCUCGCUUCCUCCUCCUCUCCCCAAGAAAACGAAUUUUACGACUUGGAAAAGAUGACGGGAGGCCUUGGGCAGUGGGCGGUCACGCACGUGCACGCCGAGCUGAUGGAGCGCGUUUGGAUGGUCUUGCGCACCGUCCACGGCCUUCUCGCGGCGAUUCCGCCGCUCGCCUUCGCAGAGCUUGUCGCAGAGAUCGUCACUGGCGUCGUGUCCUCCUCCGAUCUUCCCUCUGCCUCCUCGUCGUCGGCGCCCUCGAGCUCGUCCGCCGGUGCGCCGUCUUCUUCGUCUCUGUCGUCUCGGCGAUAUCGGCUGGCGACGCUGCAGGAUCGCGCGCAGAAGCGUUCGCAGCGAGCAUACAUUCAGUUUCUAUCGCGUUUGGAUCCUCUGAAGGCGCGGAAGUUCCUCCUUUCGGCGCGGGCUGUCGCGGCGGAGCAGCGCAAUCGCCGCGCAGCCCAGACGUGCGUCUUCCGCGACCAGCGGCGCUUCGUGAACUACGAGCGCCUCUUCGCCUUCCGCGCGCUCGCCCUACGGCCGUUCGAUCUCGAAGAGGAGAACCGGGAGGAGGCCAACCCCGAUGCAGAAACAGGCGCGGACGCCGCCCCCGCCGCACGCGAGGAGAAGCCCAAGGCGCCGCUCGCCGCGCUGGCCUCGAAGGCCGCGUGGAUGCGGACGGUGUUCUCGAAGGAGGAGGUGCUUUCGCUGCAAAAGUUGGUCUGCGGCUUCCUCGGCAUCGACGAGCUGUUCACGGCGCCUGUCAACCCAGAUACCCACGAGAACGACCUCUACUGCGGCCGCUUCUACUCCCUCGCCUUCCUCGUCGAAGCAGGCAUCAAGGAACUGCUCCGCGAGGUCGAUACCGACUACCACUGCCCCUGGGACGCCGAGCUGCUGCUGAACCUAAUCUCUUGGGUGUUCGCUUACGAGGUGACGUACUUCAAGACGGUGAACCGGCUGAGGCUCGCGCGCGCGCGGCCGAGUGGGUCGGCGGCGCUGUUGGAUCGCAUCGACUUGAUUUUCUGCCUGCAGGGCUACGAGACGGCGCUGAUUCAGGACUUUCUGACAAGUCUGUUGCACCGCGCGGUUUUUGUUUUGUCGCUUGCGCGCGGCUCGCGGCCGCUGCUGGUCUCCUGUCUCCAGUGCCUGCGUCAGCUGCUCCGUUUGCUGCAAGUCCACGUCCACUCGAGGAAGGAGGAGAUCGUGGAGGCGGUGAAAACGCAGCUGGCACUGUGGAUCAAGCGCGGCGUGCUGGGCACGCUUGCACACGUGAUGAAGAACUUCAAAUUCUCUUCGUUCGAGUCCGAUGUCUUCCUCUACGCGCUCGAAAUCGUCCUCAUCUUCGUCUCUCUCCUCCAGGCGAUCGGCGGCGCGAUCGAGGUCGUCGGGCUCCCCGCCCGCGGACUCGGCGCGCCUCGAAAGGCCGCGUGCGGCAGGGCGACUGCGGGCCUGUUCGGAGAGGAUGCCGACGAGCUCAAGGGCUCGGAGGCCUUCCUGGGCGGCGCCGAAGAACCCGGUGUUGGUAGCGGCGUGCGCAACGUGACCGUCGACGACGUCGUGCAAGAGUUCCUCCGCGGCGAAAUCAUCUCCCAAGCCAUGACGCUGCUCUCGCACUACUCGACGAACGCGGUGGCUGUGAACUCUGCGAUCGUGUCGUUUUUCGAGCUCGUGUUGGCGUACAAAGGAUCGCGUCCUGAGAACUUUGUUUUCUUCUUUGACGUCUCCUUCUUCCUGGUUUUCCGCGCGAUUCUGAACGACUCGCGCGCGCACUCCGAUCCCCGCAUCUCGUGGAUCGCGGCCUUCGCCGAGGGCGUCGUCGAGCGCUUCUUCCUCCUAUGGGGCUGCGGCUCCGAGGCCGCGCUCGAGGGGGCGGAGGUGGCCUCUGCGGACGCGGCUGAGAAGCUCUUUGGCGGCGCCUCGGAGGGCGAGGAGGGCGCGAAGGGAAACAACGCGUUCCUGCCUCUGGAGUUGCUUUUUUCGAAGAAGAAGUCCGCGGGUCGCGGAGGCUUCGGCGAGUCGCCGGCGCUCGAGCUUUUCUGUCCGACAUCGGACGGCACCUUCGCCUCGAUUGCCUCCAACUACGCGGCGGGCUCCGAUGCGCUGCUGCUUGAAGCCCUCGCGAAACAGAAAUCCGAGCAGGGCUUCUUCGCGCCUCUCGACGCCGCCGCGGAGUGCAGGCGAAACCUUGUGGACGAGGCAGGCUGUGUCGGCGGCCGCGGCGCCGCAAACAAAUUCGACAAACACGAAGACGAAAUGCUCAUUCGCGAAUACAUGACCUACCGAGACAUCAACGACUGGGACAAGUACAUCGCGACGACGCUGGGGAAGACGGCGCGGGCGGUGCGCAAGCGGCUGCAGCAGCUCUACUUGUCGAAUCCGGAGCUGCUCCCCUCGGACUUCUGCCCAGACCACGAGGAGGAGCCCGCCUCUCCGCGCGACGCCGCCGACGUGCCGGCCGCGUCCGCGGCGCGCGCAGGGCUGCCGCCGCUGCUGGGGUCGGUGCUGUCGGUCUGGGAUCUCUUCGAGACGCUGCCGGAGAGCGGUAGCGAGAAGGCGGAAAUGGAGUUUGCGCAGCUGCUCAAGGGCCUCGCGAGCAACUUCGCAGACGCCUGCCGCCUGCGCGAGGUCCUCCGCAUGGACGCUGCCGCCGGUGCUGCGCGCGACAACUUCCUCCUCGACGACGUGACCGUUGAGGAGCCGAUGGAGGGGGGCGUCGCCGCCGUCGCGGUGCUCGCCAGCGCCGAGUUCGCUGGCCUUAUGCAGGCGAUGGGCGCCGAGAAGCGCAGCGCGCCUGGGCGCGCAGACGCGGAAGACGAAGGCGUCUGGAAGAUUCCGCCGCAGCACCCGCAGGAAGUCCUCGAAGCCGCUGUGAAGAAGCUCAAAGAGCUCGUCGACCUGAACCGCGAGGCUGUGGAGGGGCGCGCGGCGGAGAUUCUGCAGCGGGAGGAGGCGCGGGCGACGCUGCAGAGCCGGCGCGUCAGGCGGCGCCCGUUCAUCUUCAACUCUGCGGCGCUUGCCGAGGCCCUCUUGAGUCUCCGUCUCCACCUCCAGCGGCUCGAGGCGGAGGAGAAGGAGCGCGAGGAGGAACGCCGCGAGACCGCCUCCGGCAGCGAAGCGGGCGUCCACGGGAGUCUCUUCGUCUCCGGCGCGACCGCGGAGACAGCCGACGCGGCCUCGCAGGCCGCCGCGUCCGCCGCGGCUGGGUCGCCCUUCUACGCACUCUUUGGUGCGCGCUCCGCAGACGCAGUUGUCGCCGAUCUCCUCGGAGUCUUCCAGGCCGUUUCUGAGCAGCUAGCCGCGCGCGAAGAGGCCGCGGAGCGCGAUCCAGAAGGCUCCCUCGAGCUGCGAGUCGAGCAGUUCGCUUGGUUUGGCUUCGAGGCGAUCGGCGAGGGCAGGGACCUGCGCAAGACGCUGUCCGCCAUGGGCUGCUUCAGGGACUUCUCUCGGGGCGACGAAGGUGAAACAGAAGAAGGCGCGCCGCUCCUGUGGCAGCUGCCUCUUGACGUCGACGCGGAAAUCUUCGAGGAUCGCGUGGAAGCCCUUCGGAACUUUGCUAGCAAGGAUAUCGACGAGCUUGACGUGCUGAUUCAGGGCAUUCGCGGCGACCGGGCGCCUGCGAGCCGCGAGGCGGAGGAGGAGGAAGGCGAGCGCGUGUGGGGCGGCGCGGACGAAGAGGAGGCCCGCGAAGGCUUCUCGCGAAAGAAGAAGCACCGCAGGCGGCAGCGUGACCGCGCGAAGCGCUUGGGAGGGGGAGGCGGCUCGCCUUCGCGGCGUCGGAAGGAGCGCGCGGCAGAUCAUCCCGUCGUGCGCACGCUAGCGAGCCUCAUGCGGAGUGCGGCGCCGCUGCCGAGGCGCCCGACGACGCGGCACAGAUACCUGCUGGCUGCGAAGCUGCUUGUCUGGCGCGAGUUCCUGGAGAGCGACCCUGUUCACCGCGACCUGCUCCAGGGCGACCGUCCGCUGCAGCGCCUGCUGGCGAGUCUGCGGCGCUGGAACGCGGAGCGCGAGGCCGUCGUUGCGGAGGCUGCCGCCGCGGCAGAGGACAGCGCCGACGAGGCAGAGAUCCUCACGCAGCGGCAAGUCCCACACCUCGUGCUCAGCGCCGCGAGCGGGCGCGAAGAGGAGCGGGAUCCUGGGGCCGUCGCCGAUCCCGCGGAGACCGAAGAAGACGGCGCAGAAGGGGGAGGGGACCGGACGCGGGGCGAAGAGAACGAGGCGGGCGGCGUCCGCUUCCGAGUGGUGCACGGCGUGCUGCCGAGCGUCGCGGCCGGUCUCUGGGUGUGCGCGGCGCUGGGUGGCAAGCCUGUUGAGGCAUCGGAGAACCGCGAGUUCGUCUGGCGCGCGGAGGAGACCGCGCUGCCCUCCUCGUGGCUGCGAAAGCAGCUGCGCAUUCUCGAGCUCGUCCUUCUGAAUCCACAGAUGCAAACUGCCGCGGGUGUGCAGGUCGAACUCCGCCUCAUCAAGGAAGCCAUGGAGCGCGAGGAAGACAAACUCCGGCGCAGAAAAGAAGAGGAGGAAAUGCGGCGACGCAGCGAAGACGAACGCGCAGAAGAGGAAGAAGAGGAGGAAGAGCCGAGAAGGUGCAGCGAGGCGCGACGCAGCGACGCCGCAGAGGCCGAUAUGGAGGACCCCGGCGCAGGGUCCGACCAAGAGGAGGACGGUGCAGAAAAGCCGGCGCAGAACAAGCGACACGGUGAGGAGGAAUCCGAGAAUGACCGCGACGCACGCGAGGACGAGAACGACCAAGACGACGACUUUGACCUCGUGCCUGAAUCAGCGGACACCGCCGCUUCCCCGCAGGCUGCGUCUGCUGCGGAGGCGCCCGGCGAAGAAGGGCACUCAGAGCUCGACGAAGAAGACUACAAAAUGUUUUUACCGGUCUCCGACAACAGUCUGUCGGAGGACGACGCCGAGGGCUCGCUGUUUGACGCCUGGGAUGCGGUCGGGAGCGAGGGCGAGGAGGAGACGCCCCAGGGCGCGCACGGAGACACCCGCCGGAGACAGUUGGGGACAAAGGAGGCAAGUGGGCCUUCCGACCGCGGUCGAAGCAGGGGUACGCGGGCGGACGGGGGCAACGGCGAAAACGAGUUGCUUUCCAUCAUCGACGAUCUCCAGUCCCUUGAGAACACGCGCCGCGGUCGGGCGCCUGCGGCUCCGGUGGCGCCAAGCGGAAACGGCGAAGCCGAGGGCCGGAGGAAGCGCGACCGAGCAGAAGGGCGCGACGACUUCGCGGCAGAGGGCGCCUCGCAAGAAGAAGACAUCGACAGAGUCAAGCGUCUCAUGCGUGGCCUGGAAAGCACCUUUGCUGAACUAAAGGAAGUGAGGAGAAACGUCGCGUUGCCCCCCAAGGCGGCGCUUCAGCUGGCUGCAAGAGUUUGA